AUGAGUACCAAAGAUGAUGUUGAAGAAGUCCUGCUAUCGGAUACAAAAAAAUAUGAGUCUCCUUCCUUUCGAAGAAUAAGAAGCCGUCGUCAAUAUUAUAGUAAUAACACUAUUGUGUGUACACCUUCAGCGGACAUAAACUGCUCGGAUCAGCAAAUAUAUAAUGGAGCUGAUUUUGCAAAACGACAAAUUAGUAUAGCGCAAGUUAUUGUCGUUUGGGCUACUUACUUAGGUGGGGGAACCCUUUGUUUCUUCCUCAUCAGAGACCAAAUCGAGGGUCAUAAAACAAAUGGUUUUCUCGAUGCCAUGUACUUUUGUGUCGUGACAAUGACCACCGUUGGAUAUGGCGACCUUGUUCCAAGUAGUAUACUUGCAAAGCUACUAGCUUCCAUUUAUGUGUUCAUUGGUUUGUUUCUUGGUGGUUUAAUAGUUGGUAAGGUGGCCGAUUACAUAGUAGAAAAACAGGAAAUACUUUUGGUUAGAGCCAUUCAUGUGUCUGAAGAAAUUGGUCCAGUUGAGCUUCUCAAGGAGAUGGAAACUAACAAAGUGAAGUAUAAGUUUUUUACAGCCAUGGCUCAGAUUUUGGUGCUCAUCAUAGUGGGGACUGUUUUCUUACAUGUGGUGGAAAAUCUUGAGUUUAUGGAUGCCUUUUACUGUGUUUGUUCAACCAUUACCACCUUGGGAUAUGGGGAUGAGAGUUUUUCAACCGAAGGUGGUCGUGUAUUUGGGAUAUUUUGGAUACUUGGCAGUACCAUUUGCUUAGCUCAGUUCUUUGUCUACCUUGCUGAACUUUACACUGAAACCAGGCAAAAAUCAUUGAUCAAAUGGGUUCUUAAUCGAAAGUUCACCGAUGCCGAUCUUGAAGCAGCGGAUCUUGAUCAAGACGAAGUUGUAAGCAUGUUUGGCAUUUUUUUUUCCAGUGCUGCAGAGUUUGUACUGUACAAGCUAAAGGAGAUGGGGAAAAUAGGGCAGGAAGAUAUCUCAAUGCUGAUGGAAACAUUUGAGCAACUUGAUAUUGAUCAAUCAGGGUCUCUCACACCAGCUGAUCUUUUACGUCCUUAAUCGA